AGUCUACUGUCCACUGUCCACUGUCCAUACAGAUAUAGGAGAAGCGUGACACAGCACGGACACACACGGGCUCACGAACACACAGAGGACAGAGACACGGGGGACAGAGACACGGAGACAGAGGACAUUACGCAUCUCUCCCCAGACCACUCUCUCCUGCUCACUGAAACAUGCCCUCUCUCUCCCCCUCCCUCCUCCUCCCCUCUUCUCUCCUCUUCUGCUCCCUGCUCCUCCUCUGCCCCUCCAUGGCAUCCUCUGACCCCUCAUUCGCUCUUCGUUUGUCUGGGGAGAAGAGGAAGCCUCAUGAGGGUCGUUUGGAGGUGUUUGUGAAUGGAGAGUGGGGGACCGUGUGUGACGACGACUUCUCCCUGAGUGCGGCCCAAGUCGUCUGCAGACAACUGGGCUUCAUCGAUGCUGAGUCCUGGGCCUCCAGAGCCAAGUACGGACAGGGACAAGGUCGUAUCUGGCUGGAUAACGUGCACUGCUUGGGAUCGGAGAAGUCCCUCCUUGACUGCAAGUCAAAUGGAGUGGGCGUGUCUGACUGUAAGCACUCGGAGGAUGUGGGUGUGGUCUGUUCUCAGAGACGAAUCCCAGGGUUCCACUUCAUCAGGACGGAAGCACAUGACCAGGGAGUAAACGUGCAGGUGGAGGAUGUGCGGAUCAGGGCCACAUACUCUCACAGGAAAAGGAUCCCCAUCACCGAAGGUUUCCUGGAAGUGAAGGAUGCUGGGAAAUGGAGGCAGAUCUGUGACAUGGACUGGACUAUGAGAAACAGCCGUGUCAUCUGCGGCAUGUAUGGCUUUCCUACAGAGAAACGCUAUAACCCAAAAUCAUACAAGUUGUUGGCGUCCCGCCGCAAGAAAAACUUCUGGACUCAUUCGGUGAACUGCUCGGGGAAUGAGGCCGGUCUGUCUGAGUGUAAACUGGGCCGGGACGUUCCUCUGAGGGGGAACCAGACCUGCUCCGGGGGGUGGCCUGUGGUCGUCAGCUGUGCACCGGGACGAGCCUUUGCCCCCAGUGUGAGCGCCGGCUUCAGGAAGGCCUACAGGAUGGAGCAGCCUCUGGUCCGUCUGAGGGGCGGGGCCAUGAUUGGUGAGGGGCGCGUGGAGGUGCUGAAGAAUGGCGAGUGGGGGACCGUGUGCGAUGAUCAGUGGGACCUCCGAGCCGCCACCGUAGUGUGCAGAGAGCUGGGCUUCGGGAGCGCCAAGGAGGCUCUGACAGGAGCACGGAUGGGACAGGGGAUGGGUCCGGUCCACAUGAAUGAGGUCCUGUGCUCCGGGUUUGAAAAGUCUCUGACCGAAUGUCGCUUCAAUCGAGAGUCCACCGGCUGCAGCCAUGAGGAGGACGCUGGCGUGAGGUGCAACAUACCUGAGAUGGGCUUUAAUAAACGGCUGCGUCUGAGUGGAGGUCGUAACCCUUUAGAGGGCCGUGUGGAGGUCCUGACCCAGAGGAAUGGCUCUCUGCACUGGGGCUCUGUCUGCUCUGAGGGCUGGGGGACCAUGGAAGCCAUGGUGGUCUGCAGACAGCUGGGACUCGGCUUCGCCUCACACGCCUUCCAGGAGACGUGGUACUGGCAGGGCGAUGGUACUACGGACGGCGUAGUGAUGAGCGGUGUGAAGUGUUCUGGGGCGGAGUUAACCCUGGACCAAUGCUUACAUCACGGCAAACACGUGAACUGUCCGAGAGGAGGGGGGCGCUAUGCCGCAGGGGUCUCCUGUACUCACACUGCUCCAGACUUGGUCCUAAACGCCCCUGUGGUGGAGCAGACGACGUACCUGGAGGACCGCCCCCUGUACGCUCUCACCUGUGCUCAGGAGGAGAACUGUCUUUCUAGCUCCGCCUCCUCCGCUGACCCCACCUCCUACCGCCGCCUCAUGAGGUUCUCCUCCCAGAUCCACAACAAUGGACAGUCUGACUUCAGGCCACGAGCCGGGCCCCAGUCUUGGAUCUGGCAUGAGUGUCAUAGACACUACCACAGUAUGGAGGUGUUCACUCACUACGAUCUACUGAGUCUGAACGGGACCAAAGUGGCCGAAGGACACAAGGCCAGCUUCUGUUUAGAGGACACGUACUGUGAAGAAGGGAUCCAGAAGAGAUACGAGUGUGCAAACUUCGGUCAGCAGGGCAUCACUGUGGGCUGUUGGGAUACGUAUCGCCAUGACAUCGACUGUCAGUGGAUCGACAUCACCGACCUGCGACCUGGAGACUACAUGUUCCAGGUGGUGAUAAACCCAAACUUUGAAGUGGCUGAGUCUGAUUAUUCCAAUAACGUGAUGAAGUGUAAAGCUCGAUAUGAUGGACACCGAAUGUGGACGUACAACUGUCACAUAGGUGGAUCUCUGAGUUCGGACACUGAUGACUCAUUCCCUGGGCUCUUGACCAAUCAGAUCUCUCACAGGUAGAGCAGGCUGCACCGACAAACCACAACCACUAGAGGACGCUCUAUCGACGCCGUCAGGGUGCAAUGUUAAAGACUGGAGAUACAUUUUAUCUACCAACUUUUAUCAAAAGGAGCAAGGCCAGUGUUCUGUGUCAUUUUCUGGUAAUUUCAUCACAAAUCUACAAAAGUCAAAUCCACAAGUAUUUGUUCCCCUGAUAAUUUCUCCAAACACACCACAACAUCUGGGAGGGCAUCUGACACUCCAUAACAUCUGCAGAUUCACUAGAUAUUUGAACUGCCCCCAUCUCAGUCAAAUACUACAGGGAUACAGAAGGAUGGGAGGGCAUCUGACACACAGGGAUACAGGAGAUUACAAAGGCAGGCAAGUGAUAAAAUAUAUGAAUUAGAUUUGUUCUAUUGUACUCAGUGGGUAUAACAGUUCGUAAUCACAUUGGGGUGUGCAUGUUCGUGAGUUCAUCAAUUAAACACUUCCAGAUUGUUGGCUUGAAGGGAUGGACCCAUUCCGUGGCAUCACACCUCUGAUUUCUGGAUUUGAAACUUUGGAAAAAAACUUUGGAACCCACUGAGUACAAUAAUACAUUUUUAAAAUGUAAAGAGACUUUAUGGACACCCUAUAUAUUUUUCCAACCACACCACAACAUGCAGAUGAGUUCUAUUUAUAAAAAGUAAUCAUUUUGAAUCACACAGUAAGACUCAGGAUGAGAGGACCCAGACGACACUGCUUGUACAGAGAUGAGUGAGUCUCCAGUCUUGUGUUACGAUCAGGUACAACGUCUGUCUCUUAAACGUUUUUAAGUAUUCUGUAUUUGGUGCUAUGAUCUGAACUAUGUCAAAGGUCAUGUGAAACAGACUCAUUUGUGAAAUCUGACACAAUGUUUACUUUUGUGCAAAUGCCAAAGAACUUUUUUUUUGUAUUUUUAAUGCUUCUAAAAUUAUAUAUUGUUUUAUGCUGCUCAUUUUGGUAAAAGGAAAUUUGAAAUCGUGUUUAAAGAGGGGGUAUUAUGAAUACAUUUUUAUCUUUCCCCCAUGUUAUAACGUUCCCUCAUCAAAAACAUGCCUGAAGGGAUUUUAGAUGUCAUCCAUGCAUGUUUGAGUAAUCUAGCGAUCUCUCCCAGCCCCUAUUCGAAACCUCCUUAUGGUUAGCUGUACGAUUCUGUACAAGACUCCUCCCACAAGCCUACGUUGCCCAUGCUCUCACACCACAAUUAUCCAUAAAUAUACAAAACCGUGAUUCAGAACUGUACACAGCAACCUGACAGACUCAAUGUGAUGUGCAGUCGUUUCAUUAGUGGGAUGCAGCUGAUCCUCAAAAACUAAACUAAUUAAUUGUGUUAAUAUGUUGUUUUGGCUGAAUAUAGCAUUUUCAAAACAAUAAAGGGUAACAUGGUGAUAUAAAUACGUGUUAGCAGUUAAUACCUCAUAGAAGUAAAAUACCCCCUCUUUAAUACCCCAUAGAAGUAAAAUACCACAUCUUUCAUGCCAAAUGGAUGUUUUAGAAGAUGAUUUUUUUGUGCUAAAAGAACAAAGUUUUCUCGAGUAAAAGUACGAGUUUUAUCAGUGCAAUCCGUCUCCAAACAGGUUUUACAGUGAUAUUUUGUAACUGUUAAAUUAUUCUGAAUCGUCGUGACCCUCCACAGAACUAAGUGAAACUGAAUUGUAUUAAAUAUUUAGGGUUUUGUUUUUUAGCUCGGACUCUGAGCCCUUAAUUUUCAAAGGGCUGAGUCUGUCUGUCUGUAUAACGUGUGUGAAUGUCAACGCUGCAAUAAAGAAUGAGAAACAA